GUAAUCGUUUCUACUUUAUAAAAAAAAAUUUAAAGAUAUUUGAUUUAAUAUAUUUUUGUCGUUUUUUUUUAACGAUUUUUAGUAAGAAGCUUGUAAGCCCAGAUCAUUUCUAAAUAAUAAAGUAAACAGUCUUUUGUAUUCUAUUAUUGAAUGUAAGUAAGUGAUCUCAAAAUUAAAAUGUAAAUUUUUAAUGUUAUGGAUAGUUUCCCACCAGCUAACUGUCGUUUACAAAUACUGAUUGACGAUCCUUGGCGUCAAGAAAACUUAUCAUUUGACGAAAUAGUGGUUCCCAUCAAAGAACUUCCCGAUCCUGAGGCAGACGCCACCGAUGCUCAUUUGACGCUUACCCAACAGGACACAAAGUGGACAGACUUGGCUCUUACAAACAUACUUAGUGACAAUCCAUUGCCUCCACCACCCCGAGUUUGA